GCAGCAUCCCGGGCCCUGCAGCGCUGGAGCCCGGCACCGGGUCACACACAGAUAAGGAGCGGUUGGCGGGCAUGUCUUCUUCUUGGGGGUUACUGGAGGGACUACAGGGAUGUGCUCAUGGUCAGGAUUUGGACGAGUGAUCUGCCCCCAGCUUGCCAGUUACCCAGGCCGGCCCCAGCCCUUGGAUCUGUACGGAGUAGUCAUUGCUUUGCCCCUGGGUGCCCUGCCUGUCUGUUCACUAAUACCGGUGUGACCCCCGCAGGUAUGUGGGGGAGGAUGAUCUCGAAUUACGGACCCGGAUUCAACAGUUACCCCUCAGGCUCUGAUUUCCCACCCUCAGGGUGGCUUCCUGGUUCUGAUACGCUGUGGCAUACUGCAGCAGGUACAUCCACCGGCAGAAGCAGCCACGUACGAAGACUGAGUAUUACAUCUGACAGUGGAGAUACUGGAAUUGGGACCUCCUGCUCUGACAGCCUGGAAGAUCAUUCAACAUCCAGUGCUACGUCUACGUUCAAACCUGUGAACUCCAUGGUGUGUCUUCCCUCUACAGCCCGGUCUUCGUUAUCCAGACACACAGAAGAGAUGUUGGACACGUCACAGUGGGAUAGCAACUACUCAUUGCCUGGUGGGAACAGAUGCUAUGGCCUUUCUGAUGCCCCACUUGACAUGAAAGACUCUAGGCCCAUGAAGAAGCCACGAUGGCCAAAUUGA